UCCCCGUAAUUGCAAAGCAUCUUACAGCAUAUAAGAGCAAGUCACAUCGGACAAUCGAAGGCGCUUUCCCUCCAAAACCUCCGAGCAAUUCAUCCUUAGGACACAGGCAGUCAGGCAAGGGCAAGAUGUUCUCAGCGAUCAAGUCGCGUCUAGCGGGCAACGGCGAGGCUAAGGAGCCAGCCAAGGAGGCUGUCGAAGCGCAGGCUGGUCAGGCGGAUGACUCAGAAGCGCAGCCCGUUGGGGGCGGAGCAGUGGAAUUGAAGGCCUUGGAUCCUGCAGCAGAGCAGCAGCUCACAGCAGCAGGCGUAGAUCUGAUAAGCUGCUCAGCCUGUCCCUCUAUCUGUGACCCUCUUGAUACGUCCUUAGAUCCCAACACCAUCCACCCAGACAAGACUCUCCGCGCGUGGUCCAAGCAGACGAUCGACAUGGACUCGCCCAUGCUGGCUUCCACCACGCCUUUCUAUCGACAUGCAUUGAUCAGCACGGGCAAGAAAGACUGGGUGCACGAUGUGGCCACAGUAGACGGAAGUCUGGCGCAGUGGUUCCAAGAGUGGGCGGGCGAGAUCGAGGAGGAGAAGAAGAAGGGAAAGGAGACACUUCAGCAGGAUGCUUCCAUGGCGAGGCACCGGCAGCCGAUACUGCCUGAAGGUGUCUGGCAAUCCACUCUCCCGCCGUCCUCAGCAAUGUCAUCGUCGUCAUCAAAGCCCAUCAUGUCGUGUCAGGCCCGAACAGCGCAAGACCACCUUCGCCCUCUCCCCGGCGGACCCAGUCGCGUCCUCAUAAGCAACGCCUCACACAUCUCCUCCUCUCGGCAUCAUCACGGCCAGAAUGUCAUGCUCUUCCCCGACUGGGUGAUGCUCUCUGAUGUCUGCGAUGGACAGCCAGGGGAGAAAGUCGCGACUGCUGUCGCUGAGGACAAGGAGAGAACGAGGGAGCUCUACCGCGAGCACAUUGCUGCUGCACCCUCAUCGUCAUCAUCAAAGGAAGAGCGGCCGCGCUCCAGGCCACGACGCACCGUUCUCCCCUACCGAGCGGUCGUGGUUCUCUGCAGCCACAACAAGCGCGACGCCCGCUGCGGAAUCGCUGCGCCUAUGCUCGCAGAAGUGCUCAAGCGCCAUGCAGAGGCGGCUGGUUGGGAGGUCGACGAGCGAGCGGAUCAUGUCGAUCACCACCACGACGGCGAGGCAGACGAGGAGGGUUCGUGCGAGUUUCAUGACUUGCUACGCGUGCCCGCCGGUAGAGGAUGGGGGCAUGUGCACGAGACAAGCACGGCAGACGACAGCAACAAGGCACCUUCUCCAGAAGAGCAGAUCCUCAAUUGGCGCAAAGAGCUCUGCGACCCGUCCUCUUCGUACGCCCCUUCCCCCAGCCUCGGCAUCUUUUACUGCUCCCAUAUCGGCAAGCACGCUUGGGCAGGGAAUGUAAUUGUCUACUUCCCCUCUGGCUCUGGAGUCUGGUACGGCCGAGUGGAUCCGAAAGAGGGUGCAGGGAGAGUAUUUCAGGAGACGAUUUUGAAAGGGAAAGUAAUUGGAGAGUUGCUGAGGGCGGGAAUCAAUCUUUACCGGGGCGAGGGAGCCGAUGAGCUGGAGGACGUUGUAUCGGGGACGAAAGAGCAGCUUGUCGGUGGCAAAGGCCGGACGAAGAGUCUACUGGCCUGGUAAGAGACGAGACGAAUUUCGCUAGAAGAGAUGCCAAUGAACCAAGUCGUUUUGCAAUAUGCUCAAUUAGGU